AUGGCUCCCACAGUACUGCACCUCCGCAGCGAGACCAAGCCCCUCGAGCAUAGAUCGGCCCUGACACCCACAACAACCGCCGCCCUGGUCAAGGCAGGCUAUGUCGUCAACGUUGAGCGCUCGCCCGUGAGGAUAUUUGAAGAUGCCGAGUUCGAGGCUGCCGGCGCUACCCUGGUGCCCGAGUACAGCUGGGUUGAUGCCCCCAAGGAGCACAUCAUUGUCGGCCUGAAGGAAUUGGAGGAGAAGGACUGCAAAUGGCGCAUUGAACUGUUACUGACUCCUUUCUCAGUCCCUCUCAAGCAUGUGCAUGUUCAAUUUGCUCACUGCUACAAGCAGCAGGCCGGUUGGGAGAACGUGCUCGCCAGAUUCCCGAGGGGCGGCGGUACGCUGCUGGACCUGGAGUUCCUCGUUGAUGACCGCGGCCGCCGGGUUGCCGCAUUCGGUUUUCAUGCCGGUUUCGCCGGUGCUGCCCUUGCCCUCGAAGUGUGGGCUUGGCAACAGAACCACACCGAGCCCUUCCCCGGCGUCGAGAGCUAUCCCAAUGAGGAUGCCCUAAUCUCGGACGUCAAGAAGGCCCUCGAUGAGGGUUCCCAGAAGGCGGGCCGUUUGCCUCGCGUCAUCGUCAUCGGCGCUCUCGGCCGCUGCGGAUCAGGUGCCGUGUCUGCCCUGCGCAAGGCUGGCUUGCCCGAGGAGAACAUCCUGAAGUGGGAUAUGGCUGAGACCGCGAAGGGAGGGCCCUUCAAGGAGAUCACCGACAGUGACAUCUUCGUCAACUGCAUCUACCUGACCAGCAAGAUCCCCAACUUCGUCAACUUUGAUUCACUCCAGGUCCCCGACCGCAAGCUCUCCGUGGUCUGCGACGUCUCGGCCGACACCACCUCCCCCUUCACGCCCGUCCCCAUCUACACGGUCGCCACGACCUUCGACAAGCCGACCGUGCCCGUCGAGGGCCUGCAAGACGGCCCGCCGCUGUCCGUGAUCUCUAUCGACCACCUCCCCUCUCUGCUUCCGCGCGAGGCGUCCGAGGCCUUCAGCCACGACCUCCUUCCCCACCUCCUCACGCUCGACGACUGGCACAACUCGCCUGUGUGGGCCAGGGCUCAAAAGCUGUUCAAGGAGAAGGUCGCUACUCUGCCGCCGAGUGCGCUGGAGAAGUAAGUGGUGGGAUAGACAGAAUGACAUCUUUGGGUGUCAUAGGAUAGAUAGCGAUCAGGAUGAUUCUCUAGAGGAAUAGACAAAACAGUAACCCAACUGAUAUCGGGCGGAUUGGGCUUUAUAUGGAAUCAAUUGUCUGCUCAUAUGCUACCCUUGGGCGAGUAGACCCUCUUCGUUUACAACUGCCCACUCUCCGCAGCGAAGUGGUCAACUUGCCCAGGGGUAUCUCAUAUCAUUCGACAUAGCAAC